AUGGUGAGAUUCUUUUCACCACACGUUAUGCUCAUCGGCUCCGUGGUUCUUUACAUUAUUGUCGGAGCAGUGAUAUUCCAAAAACUCGAAGGAGGCCAUUUGAUGGCGGUAAAAAAGGACCACAUGGACCGAAUUGAUAAAAACGCCAAGGACUACGUGGAUCGUUUAUGGAUUCUCGCAAAACGUGAUCGCGACAAAUAUGGAAAUAUUGAGAAGCUCAUUGAGGCGGUCAAAACCGAAACAACGCAAGAUUUCAACGACUACGUGGAUACCGUAUUCCUCGCGCAUCGCGCCGUCCGUCACGGCUACGACGAAGAUUCGCCGACGUGGGAUUUCGCGAAUUCCGUGUUCUUCACCACCACAAUGCUGACAUCGAUUGGUUACGGCUACGUGGCACCGAGCACAUUCGGUGGACGGCUAUUCGGAGUGAUAUAUUGCCUAAUCGGAAUCCCAUUGACCCUUGUAACCGUGGCGAACAUUGCCAAAUUUCUCUCCGAAACCAUUUUUCUCGUUCAUUAUGAAAUUUGGCGCCGCUGGAUGGAUUUCAGGCGUAAAAGGAAGGGCGAUCUCGACGUCGACGUCGUCCAACCAAUGUUCGAAGAAGACGAGAACGAGGACGAUAUUCUCGACCGCGUUCGCCUCGUCCGUUUCCCGCCACUCGUCGUAUUCUCACUUGUGUUCAUUUAUGGAUGUGUUGCCGCUUGGGUCGUAAGAUACUGGGAGACAUGGACAUAUGUGGAAAGCCUCUAUUUCAUUUUCAUCAGUAUUUUAACAGUUGGUUUUGGCGAUAUUCGACCAUCGCCGGGAAACGUCUGGCUCACUCUGGGCUUUGUCAUUGUUGGGGUAAUUCUAACCACUAUGUGUAUGGACGUUGUCGGUCGAAUGUAUCUCAAAGAAAUUCACUAUUUGGGCCGAAAACUCAAGAGCAACAAUCCAUUUUAUCUAUUGCGCGAAGCAAAAGCAAGACGUCGGCGAGCAGCGAUGGCUUCGCUAUUGGCUCAACUAGCUCGCGGAAUGAUUUUUGCGCACAAAGAUUAUAAUGAAUUGGCGAGGAAGAAAUCGAAAAAGAAGAAGGACAAAAGGCGUGGAAGUCACGUUUUACCGAAUGAGAAGUUCAUGUUCGCCAGACUACCACCAGAUCCACCGAGCGAUUGCCAGGUCGUCAGCACUUCUGCCUACUCUGUAAGGCUAGCUUGGGCUCCGUCAUUUUCAACUGACACCGAUCUAACAUACAAUAUCAGAUAUCGCUUGAAACAUAAUGAAGACGCGAAAACGAGAGAAUUGCGUGGAAUCAAGGGUAAUACGGUUGAGAUAAUGAGCGUUGACUCAUGCUCUCUUUAUGAAUUUCGAAUAACUGCUGUCAGCAAGUUUGGCGAAAGCAAACCCGUGUACCUGGUACAGUACACUGAGCCGCAACUGAGUCCGCAGCACAUUUUGGCAACAAAAUUGAACGCGAACACGAUUGAGCUGACUUGGGAGCCGCCGUACAAAAAGUCGCAUGAAGUCAAGAACUACAUUGUGUACUUCACGGAAAAUCCGAACGCUUCUCUAUCGGAAUGGGAAAAAAUACCGGUAAAUGGAAGGCGAGUCGUGUUCCCCGAUUUGAGAUUCGAUUGGUUCUACAUGUUCAGCGCUACUGCGGUGUUCAAAGACGGUCAGCGUUCGCCACUUUCUCGCGCAUUGUUCAUUAAAACCGAUAAAAUCGAAUUCCACAAGCAUUGUGUCGGACAAUCACGAACCAUUGAAGUUAUGGACUCGAUUUGCGAGAAAGAAGAAAACGAAACGACUGCGCUUUUGAAACGCGACUAUGCCUCUUUUGCUGUUUAA